AUGAUUAAGAGCCUGGGGAUUCGAACCACCUCAGAAGACACGUUAGCCAAAAGAAAGGGCCCAGAUCAAUUCAGAACCGAGAGCUCAUCUGCCGCACGAGAUUCAAUGGCUGGUUUUAUACUCAAUAAGAAAAAGAAGAGUGCUAAGUUGUUAGAUCCUCCUCCAAGGAAGAAGCAAAAGGCCGAAGUUACUUUACAGAAAGAAGCAGAGAAAGAAGACUUGCUCAGUAGUGAUUCAGAUGGCAGUUGUGAACCCGAAGAACUGGAAGAAUCUGAUGUGGAAGAACAAGAUAACACUGAAUCUCUUUCAGAAAUGUCAUCUGAUGAUGACGAUCCUUUUGCCCAUGAUAUACUCCUUGGAAGUGAGGAUGAAGGUGAUAAAGAGGAGGAUGCAGGUAAGGAUGCUAGUGAGGAUGCAGAUUCAGAUUCUGACGAGUCUGAUAUCGAAAGGAAAGCAAGAGCCAUUGAUGAGGAAAGGAAGCAGGAAAAAGCAGAUGCAGAAGAGGAGUUACAGCUUAACAUUAGAGAAGAAGCUGAUGAGUUCACAUUACCAACUCCGGAGGAGCUUGAAGAAGAGGCAAAUAGGCCCCCUGAUCUUUCGAACCUUCAGAGAAGGAUAAAAGAGAUCGUGCGUGUUCUUUCGAACUUUAAUACUUUGAGACAAGAGGGAGUGGCACGCAAGGAUUAUGUCGAUCAGCUUAAAAGGGAUUUAGGAUCAUACUAUGGAUACAAUGAGUUUCUGAUUGAAGCUUUGAUUGAGAUGUUUCCAGUCGUUGAACUUAUGGAACUUAUUGAAGCUUUUGAGAAGCCAAGGCCUAUAUGUCUUCGCACAAACACUUUGAAGACUCGUCGGAGAGAUUUGGCUGGUAUUUUAUUGAACAGAGGUGUCAAUCUUGAUCCACUGAGCAAAUGGUCAAAAGUCGGUCUGGUUGUAUAUGAUUCACAAGUUCCGAUUGGGGCCACUCCAGAGUAUAUGGCUGGUCACUACAUGCUUCAAGGUGCAAGCUCCUUUUUGCCUGUGAUGGCCCUUGCUCCUCAAGAAAAGGAAAAAAUUGUUGACAUGGCGGCUGCUCCUGGUGGGAAAACUACCUAUAUUGCUGCUCUUAUGAAAAAUACUGGUAUCAUUUAUGCAAAUGAAAUGAAGGAGUCAAGGCUCAAGUCACUCACCGCGAACAUUCACCGGAUGGGCGUAACUAACACUAUCGUUUGUAACUAUGAUGGAAGAGAGCUGCCAACAAUUUUGGGGAACAACUCAGUUGACAGGGUUUUACUGGAUGCCCCUUGCAGUGGCACUGGAGUUAUAUCUAAGGAUGAGUCCGUGAAAACCUCGAAAAGUGAACUAGAGAUACAAAAUUGUGCCCACCUGCAAAAGCAAUUAAUACUUGCAGCUAUAGAUAGUGUGGACGCAAACUCAAAAUCAGGUGGAUACAUUGUUUACUCUACAUGCUCUAUAAUGGUUGCCGAGAAUGAAGCUGUCAUUGAUUAUGCACUCAAGAAGAGGAACGUGAAGCUUGUGCCUUGUGGGCUCGACUUCGGACGUCCAGGAUUUAUUCGAUUCAGGGGGCACCGUUUUCAUACAUCCCUAGAUAAGACAAGGCGCUUUUAUCCCCAUGUCCACAACAUGGAUGGGUUUUUCGUCGCUAAGCUGAAGAAAAUGAGUAAUCUGAAGCCAACUGCGCAGCAGCCUGAAAAUAUGGGUGAAGUUGAAUUUGAAGAAAAAAAUGAACAGGACUGUGUUGAAGAAGAUAGUGAAAAGCGUCAGAAGAGAAAAAAGGCUGAAGCAAAAGAGAACAAGAAGAGCAGCAAUGGGCAAAGAGAACAAAAUAAGGCACCCGAAAAUAAGAAACGAGAGAAGAAGAAACCACCAUCCAGAGAGGAAAUUGCAAAAAUCAGAGAAGAAAAGAGGGAAGCUUUGAGGGAAACGAAGAGGAAAGCUAAGGCGGAAGGCAGAAAAAAGUGA